UAUAAAAAGCCCUCUUGGAAUAUACAAGAUUCACCAGAGUGGUGUUGUCUCAGAUUGCAUUUGCCUUCAGUGAUUCACAGACUACUGAAAGAUUAGAGAAAGAACCAAAGGAAAGAGAAGAAAAGGAAGAGGACUGCACUGAAUGUAAGACCAUGCACAAGCUAAACAUGUAUCUAUUUAUUUACCUUUUCAUGUUAAUCAUACCUGGUCCCGUGGAUCUUAACGAAAGUAACCAGGCAAAUGAGAACAUAGAAAAAGAUGGACUGUGCAAUGCAUGUACAUGGAGACAAAGUACAAAAUCUUCAAGAAUAGAAGCUAUAAAAAUUCAGAUCCUCAGUAAACUGCGUCUGGAACAAGCACCUAACAUUAGCCGGGAUGCUAUAAGGCAACUUUUACCUAAAGCUCCUCCAUUACAAGAACUGAUUGAUCAGUAUGAUGUCCAGAGAGAUGACAGCAGUGACGGUUCUUUGGAAGAUGAUGAUUAUCAUGCUACAACUGAAACUAUUAUUACAAUGCCUACAGAGUCUGAUUUUCCUAUGCCAGUGGAAGGAAAACCCAAAUGUUGCUUCUUUAAAUUUAGCUCUAAAAUACAGUAUAAUAAAGUAGUGAAGGCCCAGUUGUGGAUAUACUUAAGACAAGUCCAGAGACCUACAACAGUAUUUGUGCAGAUCCUGAGACUCAUCAGACCCAUGAAAGAUGGUGCAACUUCUACUGCAAUUCGAUCUUUGAAACUUGACAUGAACCCAGGCAAUGGUAUUUGGCAGAGCAUUGAUGUGAAGACAGUGUUGCAGAAUUGGCUCAAACAACCUGAAUCCAACUUGGGCAUUGAAAUCAAAGCUUUGGAUGAAAAAGGAAGAGAUCUUGCAGUAACUUAUCCAGGACCAGGGGAAGAUGGCUUGAAUCCAUUUUUAGAGGUCAGGAUUACAGAUACACCAAAAAGAUCACGUAGAGAUUUUGGACUUGACUGUGAUGAACACUCAACAGAAUCUCGGUGUUGUCGUUACCCACUGACUGUGGAUUUUGAAGCAUUCGGAUGGGACUGGAUAAUUGCACCCAAGAGAUACAAAGCAAACUACUGCUCCGGAGAAUGCGAAUUUGUAUUUUUACAAAAAUAUCCACACACUCAUCUUGUACACCAAGCAAAUCCAAGAGGUUCAGCUGGCCCUUGUUGUACACCUACUAAGAUGUCCCCAAUAAAUAUGCUGUAUUUCAAUGGAAAAGAACAAAUAAUAUAUGGAAAGAUACCAGCCAUGGUAGUAGAUCGUUGCGGGUGCUCAUGAGCUCCACAUUAGGUUUGCUACUUCAUAAAAUAUGGAAUCUACGAAAAAUCGCUUGAGCAAUUUCUAAAACUGUGAAUUUUUGUAUAAUAGGCCUACCUCUAAUAGGCUAUACUCUAGGCUAUUGUAAAGAUUUCUUACCAGACAAGCUCCAGUUAUGUGAACUGAAAGACAUUUUUAUGCAAGGGCUGGUUUUUAACCAGUGAAAAAGAUAACCUACAAUCAAACUCACAGGAUUUCAAAAUGAAUUACUUAUUCUGGAAAGGGAUCUCUUUUCAUUUAUGCAAACAAAUAAUCAUAGACAAGUUUCAGCAGAUAGAAAUAGAUAAAAGCAACCUCCUUGUAUUCCAGAGAAUGAAAAGGAGUGGGCUAUUAAAUAUAGUCUGAACAGUUUAAUUUACGGUUUUAUUUACUUAAGAGGAUAUACUGGUGAAAAAUAGAGUGAACAGAAUACCACUGACUUGUCCUCCAACACUUGAAUUAAGUUUAGAGUAUAAAAACUGAUAAGAUGAAAUUCCACAAAACAAGAUAAGUCCACAAAUUAGGGUAGAUACAUUGUGUUUCCAUUCCUUUUAUAAUUAGUGUGUUCAUUACUUUCUGCCAAUGGUGCUAUCACAGUAGACUUACAGUCCAAUCCCAAGAGUUGCUUGGAUGGGAAGUACCAACAGCUUGGUUACCACAAUGUAACAAAACUGGAUUUGGGACUGGAACUGCAGACUCCAAUAUGAUUGGGGUGUUAAUGUUUAUGAUAUGCUUAUAAAUAUAGAACACAACAAUAAAUCCCCCUCUCCCCAAGUACAGUCAUUCACAAGGAAUGGGGAUUUUUAAUUAAUGUGUUUGUUUUACUUUAGCAGAUAUCUGCAUCACAGAUAAUGAUAAAAGGCAAGAGAUCUGAUCCAGAUCCUUCGUUCUGCCAGAGGAAGGACACUGCUUGCAGAACAGUACCUCUACAUCCCCUCCUCCCCACUGCAGUGUCUUGUAUGCCCUCCAAAUCUACUCCAGAGGGUUGGGGAACCCUCUGGAAAGAGAUACGGAGGGCAUGCUGGUGGCUGCAUGGGAGGGAAGAACAUAGAAGCUUCAUUUUGCAAGUGACGUCCUUCUGCUAGCAGAACAGAAGAUCUGGAUCCAACUCAUGAAAUGGUUCUUUGUAAUAAAAUUAUUAUAGCCUACAUUGCAACUUUACAGUUUGCACUAUGAUAAACCAAUAGAUAGAAUGAAUAAAGUACAGUAUUGUAAAAAUAAAACGUUGAUAUAUUACUAGGUUUGUGUAAUAUUUAUACAAUAUUAUAUUGUAAAUAAAUGUUUUUUAUUUACUAUGAUGCAAAAUAUUUGGAGUAACUUGUUCUGUUACACAAAAUAAC